AUGGAUAUCACAGUCUCAAAAUCUUGGUAUAAUGGUCGCACCCUGUCAACGGAGAACUCUACCAAGAAUCGCAAACCCCAAGGCAAAUUAGAAACGGGAGCUCGGUCAAGUACAUCAUCCAAAGCUAGUGAUAACACAAUCAUCGCCAGAGAUAAUCCUGCUCCUUCUCGAGUCACAACAAAUCAUGUCCAACGUCUCGAAGGCCUUGCUAUUCAAGCAGAGCAUGAUCAGGAUGAAGAGAAUGAGUUUGAAGUCGAAAGCGAGACCCUGGGCCAAAGAUUCGCGGGAGCGAUGACUCUCGAUGAAUCUGUCAAAAACUCUCCUCCAAAGCGCUCCCGAUGGCACGAUAUGUUCGAGUCUCGACACCGAAUGACAGCUCCACAGAGUACUGCCACUAAUGCCAAUCGAAAGAAAUCGCCAUUGAGUCUAUUUGGAAAUGCUUUGCCCAAAUGGACGCCGACGAAUGGCGCUUCUAAUCGGAUGAUGGGCUCCAAGAAUGUUUCAAAUCCAUCAUCAACACCGGGUAAGACCCCCCGCUCAAAUGACACCAAAUUGUUCAGAGCUUUUCUGAGUCGUGGUGACGGAGCAGUACCUUUCUUCAUCUCACCCACUGGUACCCAUCAACAAUUCUUUCCGGUCUCUCCACGCUCAUCUCAGAAUGCUUCUGUGGUCGUCCCAUCCAAUAAUCCUCGUGAAGGUGUUGCCGCUGUCGGUUUCGUCUAUGCAGCACAGCCAACUCAGCCAUCGCAGCCAUCUCCGGUAGCUCAGCCAACUCAGCCAGUUCAACUAGCUCAACCAACACCGCAACAUCUGAGGACUGUUCGAUCAAUGAACAGUUCCAGAAGUAUCAAUUCGAGGUCAACGGCCCACACGAGGACGGACACGAGUUUCUCUACGACUCCUGGUACUGAUACCUGGACCCCCGCGGACCGCAGUUUCGACACUUCUACGUCCCAAUACACGGGCCAUACUCGGAUGACGUCUGCAUCUGGAAGUUUUGUUGACAAGAGUCAGCACACUCGAAUGGCUUCUACGUCGACUGGUUUUGGUAACUUUUCAUACCAUCCCGCCAUUUUUGAGGAUGAACAAAUGAACACUGGCCUCAUUGAUGAUUCAUUAACUGAAUUCAGCGACUUUAAUCAAGUCGCCCCGGAGAUCCUCCCAGUUUCAAUGGACUACUUCGCUCAAAGUAUAGCUGUUGCGCCGACAACUGCAUUUGCUUCCCAGCCUCCACUAAUGGUCAUGGAUAAUAUCAUGAUGAAUCCACAAGUCACAAUUCCAGAUCUCUCUCAUUUGGUGAAAAAGUUUCGUCCGACCAAUAUGCUUCUCCGUGAGCAAGGUAUGAUCCCGGACAAGUCUCGACAAGAUACUAACUACGAGGGUGACGAGAAUCAUCCUGAUCUGCUUGAUCUUCCGGAACACAUCAACUGUUGCAUGUGGAUCAUCAACAUUCCAGAGGAAGUCGGAUAUGCUGAGUUCAUGCAGAUCCUUGAUUGUGGUGCCGUUGCUGCGCUUUCUAUGGUCAGACCUCAAAAUGGCCAUACUACACAAGCCGCCAAGGCGACUUUCAAGACCAACGCGGCUGGUGCGGAGCUUUACCGUCGUGCUCGCAACAAGGGUGGUCUUCGCAUUCGUGGCCGUAAGAUCAAGGUCUGGUACAAUGAUUACGGCGCAUACGAGUGGAAGGGCCCUGAGACUCGCUUCCUGGAAAUCGAAGCACCUCAACAACUUGAUGAAGCUUUCUGGCAUGGCUACUUCGGAAGUUGGUGCAAGUACAUCGUCAUUUCUGUCACUCCAAUGCCAUGCAGGAAGUAUGGAUUUGCAUGUACAAGGUUUGAAUUCGUUCGAAUUGCAGGACAAGCACAGACUUGCUACCAGGCAAUUCAGAAGGAUAUGUCAUUCCUAGGACAGGUGAAUGUCCGAUACGGAAUCGACCUGAAUGAGGUCUAA